AUGAAUAUUGAUAUUGAUGAUAUUCUUGCUGAAUUGGAUAGAGACACGACCGCCGUGGAAAGAGAAUCGUCCUCUUACGAUGAUGUUGGCAAUAAAACAGUAGGUGGAAAUGGUGUCUCGCAGUUAGGAGAUGUUGAGAAACAAUAUUCAGUACAAUCUAGUAAAUCAGAAAGAAUUAGCGAUUUUCAGAAGCUAGUAACUCAAUGGAGGAAUGAGAGAAUGAGCCCUGAGCUACUACCAUAUCCGCAUGAAUUAAUGACAAGGACUCUUCACAGAAUUCAAGAGAGAGUUGAACUAAUAGAAACAUUGUCUAUGGGUUAUCUUGAGGAUGACAGAGAAUCAACAGUAGACUCGAAACUACCAUUGUUAUGCAUGGAAGCUGAGUUAGAACGCUUAAAGUUUCUAGUAAGAUCGUUCAUAAGAUGCCGAUUAAGCAAAAUUGAUAAAUAUAGCAUUUAUUUGAGACAGCAAUCUGAGCUUCCAGAGAAUCCAUAUUAUGGUAGGUUGGAUUUGCUAAUGUCUGAAGAGGAGGUUAAGUAUCACAUGAAGCAUUCUGAGAUUUUAUUAAAACUAUUCAAUAAUUCUAUUCUCAAGCAUUUACCAGAGGAACUUCAAGCUGUGAACGAUACAGAAGGAUCUAUUAGCAUGGUUGAUGAGCCAAAUUGGCAUAAAACUGUUUUUAUUCUAGUGUGUGGUGGGGUUAUUGAUGAAACAGGGACUGACUCGAAACUAACAACUGAUGAAGAUGGAAAACCUUGCUAUUCCGUAAUUAUAGAAGAUUUGAAUGAAGAAAUCUACUUACUGAUAGGCGCAGUUUAUGUGAUCCGUUACAGUGUUAUCAAGGACCUCAUGAAUGAAGGACGCGUGAUUCUUAUAUAG